AUGUUUUGUUCGGACGCGCAGACCUUGGCCCAACGCGCAGCUCCUCGAGAGACACCGCCGUGCUUUCCUGAGCAAGUCUACGCCACUUCAAAUGGCAUUGAGAGUGGUGUCUCAACUAUUGGUUUUCGCUCGGGUCGCUACGCACCAGAGGAGGCGCGUGCCGCCCUGGAGAAUCGGCUUGCUCUGGCGCAGCUGGAUGUUGAUGUAGGUGAAAAGAAUCGCAGUGAUAAUAGGAACAUGAUAAUGGAGGCGGAGGAGCGAAGUAAAGCAGAUUUCCAAAACACCACGGAGCGACUGAGAGAACGUCUCACCGAUCUGCAUCUAUGGAAGACUGAAAUGGAGAAGGAGAUCCUCAAAGUGAUUGACAUGAGUGAAUCGCUGCUCAGACGGCUGGCGGAGUUGAAUACCAGCCUCAAAACGCUGGAUGAGUGCGUUCUCCUGACAACGGACUGCUUAAACGCUCGACAACGACGAUUUGGGGAGGACUUGCAGCAAGACGAAGUUGAGCUUCAGCUCAUAAAGGAACUCGAUAUCCUUAACAAGGCCAUUGCUCUGAUUAAACGGUCAAUAGAACAGGUCAACGAUCAACUCAACCGAAACCGCCUGGCAAAGACAAAUCUGGAGAAGGCUUGGAGCGAUAAACAUGAGGCCGACAUGCUGGAUACGGAGGGGGCACACCUGACUCCCGAGAGCACCAACAAGCAGCACUACGCGGGCGAGGCCCGCAGCUGGCCUCAGGCCGCCCAGUCCACAGUGGAGUCAUGGACCCAGCACGCUCAUGAUCUCAUCUUGCGCUCGGAGCACGAGCGUAUCGCCAGUGAUCACCUCCUCCAGCUCUGCGAAAACAUCCUCCACGACGUCGAACGUGACGUUAUUCAGCAGAAGGAUACAGUCAAUGCAGCCUUCCAGCGACGACUCGACGAGUACGAGUGCGAGAAAAAGAACCUCACUGAUAAACUCAGAAAGACAUGCGAUGAAAUCGCUAAAAUGGAACAAAGCAUCAAGGAAUUGGAGAAUGCAAUAGUUGCCAAAGAUGCUUACGUCCAGACAGUUCAGACGCGACUUCAUUUGCACAACCAGCGACAAAAUGUCGAAAACUGUCGUGAUCCACCUCAGAAGGCAAUGCUGGAUGAAAUGCACAACAUUCAAGAAACAAUUGAUAAGUUGAGAAACCAGUUGUCGAACACGGAGAACAAUCUCAGGCACCUCCAAGAUGAGCAAAUGGCUCUGGAGAAACAAAUCCACAUGAAGAACGCCUCCAUUCAGGUGGACAGAGACCACUGCGCUCGUCACCGCAUGCACUUCCCGGCAGCCACGAGACUUUGUGGUCAUUAA